UGAAAUUUUUACUGCAAUUGUUUACCUUCGAUUCAUCCUGGAAACAACUGAAUUUCGGUUAUGCUGGACAUCUCGCAAAUGUGCCGUGUUUGCAGGGACGAGUCCGACUGUCUGGUGGACCUGUUCGCCGAGUCCUGUGCCUCCAGCUGGGAUCAGGAACAGGAACCGCAUUUGGCGACCAUGCUAACCGAGUGCAGCGGAUGCAGCGUGGCCAGAUCGGACGGAAUGCCGCAGUUCAUCUGUGUGGAGUGCGCGAAGGCCACCAGGAACGCCUUUCGGCUAAGACGUCAAUGCCGAAAGAGUCGUCACUACUUUGACCAGCUGCGUGCUAUGAUCCAGGAGCUGGAGGGCAUUGAAGCUGGCCUGAAGAUGAACUCGUGCAUCGAGGACGGAGCAAGUCCGGAGGCAUACGAGCCCCAAGGCCUGGAAUCAUUUUUUGGGGAACUCGUGGAGCUUAAGUAUAAGUCCCUACCAUCGCAGGAGAAAUUCAGUUUCAAAUGCGAUCUGCCACCAACUCCUCCAGACAGCAAUGAACCCAUGAAAACCUACUCUUCGGUGAGGGAAAUAGUCAAUAAAACCACUACUACCCGGAAAAGGACGGUAUCCUACUCGGAAAGCGAAUCCUGGAAUCCAGAAAGUGACCCUGACAAAGACGACGAUAACAACUGGCAAGCCUCGAAAAAAAGAAAGUUGCAGAAGGUUCGGAAAGCCUUUCAGUGCCCACACUGCGUCCAAUCUUUCUCCCAUAAAAAGCAUCUUGAGGUACACAUGCGGAUACACACUGGGGAACGGCCCUUUAAGUGCUCCUUAUGUCCGCGAUCCUUCACCCAAAAGGGAAACUUGGCGACCCACAACAGGGUUCACACCGGCGAGCGACCCUUCAAGUGUCCACAUCCAGAGUGCAGAUCCAGCUUCCGGCAAAUUGGCCAGCUCAACGUCCACUUCCGGGUUCACACCGGCGAACGACCUUACAAAUGCGACAUUUGCCGGUGUUGUUACAGGCAAAAGAGCGGCCUGCAGAAGCAUAUGAUCCUACACACCGGAAUAAAGUUUUUGCCCAAAAGCCAAAGAAUUGAAAAAUGUAGCAUUUAAAUGUUUCUUUAAAUUCAUAUCAAAAACUUUCAUUCGCGGUUGUCAACAGAGAGAUUUGGUUUCUAAACAAUUGGAUUAACAAUCCAAUAUAUUCCUUACAAAUAUAACUAAGCCUUCAUAAUAAUAAUCUCUACGCUUUUAAAUAGUUUUUAAUGAUUUCUUUGUUUUUGAAAUAUUAAGAAAAAAUACAUUUCAUUUGUGACGUGCCUACAUAAUCGAAUAUUUAAUAUUUUACCAAUUCUUAAAAACUUUGUUUCAAGUAAUUUUUAAACUUUAAGUUUUGCAAAUUCCAUCAGCCCUUAAAACCAAAAAUAGUGUAAACAUUUUG